UUCGCUUCGAAGAUGGAAAUCUGUUGCUUAAUGCCAGAGAAAUGGUUUCAAAUUUUGCUUAUGAUAAUUACUAUUCAAGUGAAACUUCUGAUACCUCUAACGCCUCCAAUUCCGGUCAGCAAGUGAUCUUCUCUGAUACAGGUUAUAUGUACAUAUUGAGAGGGAAUGGCCUAAGGUUUGAUCUCACUCCGAGGCCAACGGAUUUCCCUGCCAGUGAUUAUUAUCACAGAGCAACUCUCAAUUUUGAUGGAGUUUUCGUCCAAUAUGCUUAUCCAAGGUCUUCCAGUACUGGCUACGCAAACUGGAAUAUGGUUUGGUCCGAGCCAGAUAAUAUAUGUUUGUCUAUUGUUGGAAAUGGAGGGAGGGUGGCUUGUGGGUUCAACAACAUCUGCAUCCUCAGUGAUGAUAAGAGGCCAACAUGCCAGUGCCCGCUAGGGUUUUCGUUCGUGGAUCCAGACGAUUAGUAUGGAAACUGUAUGCCGAAUUUCACUCAAAGCUGUGGAAAAGCAGAUGUCAAUUCAGCAGCAGAUGUGUAUGAUCUCACGACUCUUGUAGAUAUUGAUUGGCCAUUGUCUGAUUACGAGCACUUGAACCCUUCGACUGAAACCCAGUGUAGAAACACUUGCCUUCAAGAUUGUCUUUGUGCUGUUGCUAUACUUAGAGCUGGUCAAUGCUGGAAGAAGAAGCUGCCACUUUCAAAUGGAAGGAAUGAUAGCAGACUUAAUAGCAAGGCUUUCUUGAAGUACCGCAAAGUUGAUGUUCAUCCAUCCAAUCCUACAACCGGACCUCCUACUAUUCGUAAAAAAAAGAAAAGGAAGUCUAUAAUUGUGGUAGGAUCCGUUCUCUUGGUAUUUGUUGGCGCCUUGUGCUUGGGCAUUUUCUUUAUCUACCGUAAGAAAAUCGUGAAAGAACUCCCCACAAGUGAAACAAGUCUCCGUAGAUUUACCUACAAAGAGCUUGAUGUUGCUACAAAUGGUUUUGGGGAAGAAUUAGGAAGGGGGGCUUUUGGCAUUGUCUACAAAGGGGUGGUAGAAAUGGGUGGUUCAAGACAAGUUGUGGCAGUGAAAAAGCUUGAUGGAGUGGCUCAACAAAAAGAGAAGGAAUUCAAGACUGAAGUGAAUGUGAUUGGCCGAACUCAUCAUAAAAAUCUGGUUCCGCUGCUUGGAUUCUGUGAGGAAGGCCAACACCGGAUGCUAGUCUAUGAGUUUUUGACCAAUGGCACUUUAUCUAGCUUCCUAUUUGGAGAUCCAAAGCCUAGCUGGAACCUUAGGACUGAAAUUGCGGUAGGGAUUGCAAGAGGGCUGGUUUACUUGCAUGAAGAAUGCACCACCCAAAUCAUCCAUUGCGAUAUAAAGCCUCAGAACGUACUCCUUGAUGAGUAUUACAAUGCUCGAAUUUCAGACUUUGGGUUGGCUAAACUUCUCAGGAUGAAUCAGAGCAAGACAAUGGCAAGUACCAUUAGAGGGACAAAAGGGUAUGUGGCCUCGGAGUGGUUCAACAACAAACCAAUCACUGCCAUGGUUGACGUUUACAGCUAUGGUGUGUUGCUGCUAGAGAUCAUUUCUUGUCAAAGAAGCGUGGGGGAUUUUGAAAAUGGAGAAGUUGAAAAAGCAAUCUUGACAGAUUGGGCUAGUGAUUGCUUGGAGCAAGGGAAGUUGGAAGCUUUGGUUGAGAAUGAUAGGGAGGCUUUGAAUGAUCGGAACAAGUUGAUGAGAUUUGUGAUGGUAGCCAUUUGGUGCAUUCAAGAGGAUCCUUCUUUUAGACCUUCAAUGAGGAAGGUUAUUCAGAUGCUUGAAGGAGUUAUUGAAGUUAAUCAUCCUCCAUGUCCUACCACGUAUUCUUUUCCCUCCUAAACCUUAGUUUGCUUUAUAUCUACUAGACUACCAGCUUAAUGGCAACUUAUUACAAAGACUAUCCUCUUUCUAAUUAUGUUAUUUUCAUUGAAUACAGUUUUAGUGAUUCCUUAGAAUAUUCUUAAAGAUAUUAAGGAAUCAUGUAAGCUAAUGUUUUACCUUGUAUGGUUGAUCAAAAGUUGUUUGCAAUAAUUUU